CCCGUCCCACGCCCUGCCUGCAGAAUGCAAAUACCGACAACGUUGUGGUUGGUUGAGUUCCCCCCUUAACGGUUUCAAUUUCAAAACACGUUAAAAUUCAUCGCCUUCUCUCUCUCUCUCUCUCUCUCUCUCUCUCUCUCUCUACGUUCUUAGCAACCAGUCAACAAAUUAAACCAUGCCUCCACGUUCAAAGAAAAUCACAUCAAAACUACUUGCCAAAACCAUCCGUCAAUCUCCCCCUACCCUUCAACCCCAACAAGUCCCAGAGGAGGAGGAGGAGGAGCCGAAAGUUUCUGCAGAUCUUAACGAAAUGGCGGAUUCUUCGAAUGGGAAGUUGGAUGGCGCCGAAAAUGUUCAACCGGAGGAUGUUGGCGACUCAAAACCUGUGGUUGAAUCUGUGAGGGACGUGGCUGUCGAUGACUGUUCCGAGCCUGCAAAGGAAACCCGCGAUGAUGCUGAUGAUUCGAGUUCGAGUUCAAGUAGUAGUUCGGAUGAAGAGGCGGAAGGUGCUCGAGUGGCGAAUGAUUCUGGGGAAGUGGAGGAGACCGAAGAAGUUGUUAUCAAGGUAGUGUUGUAG